UUUACAGCAAAACUUACAGUUUAACACCACAAAACUAUAGUGAAAAUCGCGUUUUGAAACAAAAGUCACAUUAUCCAACAGUUGUUCUGCUACAAAAUUCACAUUCUCCAUUCCAACCAGUCACAGACCGUGUAGCAAAAACAAGUAGGCGUCUUUGCCCUCUGUUUAUGUUUUCGUCGACCUCACAAUUUAAAUUAACCUGUUGCAUUAUUAUUACACAAAGUUAUAUAGUGCAUAAUGAAUCAACUAGUGCAACCAUCAACCGGAUUAACAAGAAAAAAGAAAAAGGCUCCUGAGAAAUGGAAGCGCAACGAAACCAAAUUAGCAAGGUACUCAGCAAACAGUUUACCAGCAUUUCCAUCUUGCAACCACAACGGCGGAAAAUUUCAGUGCUUAACAGUGUCCCUACAAGAUAUAAGGAGAUUUCAUCAGAACUUCUACUUCCAAAAAGAAAAGAUUUGCCAAGACAACUUCAUUUUAAAGUUUACUUCAUCAGUUGAUAUUAAGAGAAGGAGACGCUACAAAAAGCAGUCCUUAAGAACCAAAUACUUUAUAGACUCUAAAAACAAAUCAAUGAUACCAGUAUGUCUUAAUACAUUCUUAGGUGUUCUAAAAGUUUCAAGAUUUCGAGUGAAUGGUAUUUUAAAUCGUUUUAGACAAACAGGUCAGCUUUCUAAAGAAAACGGAGGGGGUGACAGGAUUUCAAAUAAAUAUAUACCUAAGAAAGAGAAUGUUAUGCGUUUUAUAAACACAUUCAAAUGUUCAGGGCCUCACUAUUGCGCCAAACAUACAGGCCACAGCUUCCUUCCCCCAGACGGAGUAUUUGGAAUCACCGAAAAGGCUACAAGGAAAAAAGAAGUGAUUUACAAACUAUCAGAAUACAUUGAUAUUAUUAGUAAGCAAUCCAAGGUAGUAAAUGUUGGUGUUGAUUGUCAGGUUUUUGAUUGGAAAAAAGAAAAAGAAACUUUUAUGAUCAAACCUGCUAAAUUUCAUUUUAAACUAGGAGCCUGCAAAAGAAUAAUUUUGACAAAAACCAAUCAAAAGAACGUACUCGUUAGAGGAAUCCGACCUUGGAGUGCCUAA